AAAGGAGGAGUUGCUAGUCUCCAAGAGGCCGGCUGUUUAAAAAUUCCUUGAUUUUUCAAUAAAUUCCAUUAUUUUCAACAGUUAAAAAAGAAGAAUCAAGCAAAAAUGUCGCAAAGCGAAGAUGCAAUGGAAGAGGAGUUGCCGGAAAACACACUGGAGCAUUUUGCAGAACUCGAGCAGGUGCUGUCCAUGAUUGAAAACAUAAAGUCCAUCGAGGGCAACACAUUCGAGAAAGAGUUUGAACAGUACACUGAGGUACUGACACGUUACCAAGAUCAGCCGCAUUUGCUGGACCCACAUAUGGAGCUGCUGCUAUCGCGAUUGCUAGGCAAGAUUCGACAGGCAGAUUUAUCAGAGGGGGAGCGACAUGCGGCCUUUAAGUAUAUGUACAUCAUUAGCAAGGUCCGCACAUAUAAGGUGUUGGUCAAAUGCAUGCCUCAUGAGCUCAGCGAUUUGGAAUUCGUAUUGGAGCUACUCGAAAAACAAGAUCCAAAGGAGUUUGCCAAUUGGGAGACGCGAUAUAUGCUGCUACUAUGGAUGUCCAUAUUGGUGCUUAAUCCCUUUCAUAUGUCUCGUUUAGAUGCCUACGAUGCCCAGCCAAAUACGGCACCAAUGAAUGCCACCACCAAUUGUGUGCUGAGCAAUCAUGUAAAUACGAAGACACCUAAAAUGGAGCGCAUCUUCGAGCUAUGCAAGCUGUAUGCGUCCACCAAUGAUACCUGCAGCAACAUGGCCGCCUAUUUGUCAGCCAAAUAUUUCAUACGUGCCGACAUCAAGGAUUUGUAUUUGGAAAGGUUUCUCGAUUGGGUCAUCGAGCAGCAUCAGGCGGAUACUCUGAAUGUAAAAUUUGGCCAACUGGCAGCAGUGGCGGCCAUACUGAAGCACGGAAAGCGCGAAGAUCUGUUGCCAUACGCGGACAAGCUGCUUCAAUGGAUCGUCUCAUGUCAAUACAAGGGUGGCAAUGACUUUCUGAAGUAUAAGAACUACGUAAAGAUUGUGCAACGCAUCGGGCUCGUACACUUGAAGCCACGCCUAGCAAGCUGGCGCUACAAAAGAGGCACUCGUUCACUGGUUACGAAUCUGACUCAGCAGUCAGCCGGCGGAGAUCGCUCAGCUGGGGAAGCGGGCGCCACAAAUACCGACGAAUCAAGCGAGGAAAUUGUUGUGCCGGAUGCCAUCGAGGAGGUGAUUGAGGAGCUAUUACAGGCUUUACGUAGUGGGGGAAAUGACAUACGUUGGAGCGCCGCCAAGGGCAUCGGACGUGUAACGAACCGUUUGCCCAAGGAGCUGGCUGAUGAAGUAAUUGGCUCUAUUAUUGACAUUCUUAAUCCACUGGAGCCGCACGAGGCAUGGCAUGGCGCCUGUUUGGCUCUAGCAGAGCUAGCCAAACGCGGCCUUUUGUUACCAUAUCGUUUGCACGAGCUCGUUCCGCUGCUCAUGCAGGCACUUUUCUAUGACGAGAUGAAGGGAUAUAUGUCUGUGGGUCAACAUAUUCGCGAUGCGGCCUGCUAUAUGUGCUGGGCAUUUGCUCGUGCAUAUAAUCCGGAUGACUUAAAGCCGUUUGUGCAGCAGAUUUCCUCAGGUCUGCUUAUUGUGGCUGUAUUCGAUCGUGAGGUUAACUGCAGGCGUGCUGCCUCUGCAGCCUUUCAAGAGAGUGUUGGACGUCUGGGGAAUUUCCCAUUUGGCAUUGAAAUAUCAACCACCACGGACUUUUUUUCGGUGGGCAUACGUCAGAACUCAUUUUUGAAUAUCAGCGAUUUUAUUGCCCAGUACGAGGAAUAUCGUCAGCCCUUAAUCGAUCAUUUGGUGCAACGCAAAGUUGGCCAUUGGGAUGCAUCUAUACGCGAAUUGACGGCCAAGGCGUUGCACAAGCUCGCUUUUCGCGCUCCCGAUUACAUGGCAGCUGUGGUUCUGCCUCAAUUAUUGGCCAAAACGGACACCAUCGACAUAAACGCCCGCCAUGGCUGUGUGUUGGCCAUGGGGGAAAUAACCCUGGCCCUGCGAAAGCUAGAAGUCGCGCCCGAGGGUCCUAGAACUUAUCUGACCAAUCAACGCAUUGUCGAGCUUAAUGAAUUGAUAGGCACUUUCCAGAAACGCAACUAUUAUCGCGGUAUGAGCGGCGAGCUAAUGAAGUCGUGCACAUCAAACUUUAUACGUAACUGCAGUUUGGCCAAAUUGAGGGUCACACCGGAAUGCUUGGUCACAUGGCAACAAGUCAUCGAUGCGUGCCUCGGGUCCAAAACGGGCAGCGUGCGUCAAUCGGCUGUGGAUGCAUUCGCAGAGCUAACCGCUACUUACUAUUGUGUAGACACACGUCAGCAGGAGAACGAGGCAAUAAUUCAGUCGUACCUAAGGGGAGCAGACGAUAAUCUCGAAGAACAUAUACGUAUGGGCUACAUUGCGGCGUUAGGUGUUCUGCCCGCCUAUAUGAUUCGUCCACAUUUGGAAUACAUCCUAGACAGUCUUGUGAGGCAUUCGUUGACGCCAUUGCAGGCAGUUAUAGCUGGCGAUAUAAGACUGCAAAACCAUGAAACGGUGCAAACCUAUAGAUGGAGCGAAGCCCGCACAAAGAGUGUUCAGGCGCUCACUCAAAUUGUUAAGACAGUUGGCUAUGAGGGGAUGAACUCGUUUUCAGAACCCCAACAUUUCAAGAAGGUGAUUGAGUGUCUACUUAAGGCCAUGGACGAAUAUACGUUGGAUAAUCGCGGAGACAUUGGCGCCUGGGUGCGUGAGGCGGCCAUGACUGCCGCCUUCGAUAUUAUAACCAGUUGCCCACACAGUUUGCUGUCGUCUACGCAUGUACAUCAGAUUGUUGUGGGCUUUAUGCAGCAAGCAGUGGAGAAAAUAGAUCGUACACGAGGUCUUGCCGGACGGCUCUGUUGUGAACUAAUUCAUACUGAGCCCAGAGUUCCACAUAUAAGGGAGCACACCCGACUGUGUGAAAUAUUCCCCCUGGACCCCAAUUCAGUGCUCUGGCUAUUUGCUGAUCAUACAUUCCCAUUGUUUUGCGAAUUGCUCGCACUACCCGACUAUUCAAAGCGUGUGCUACUCGGAUUGAGUGCCAGCAUUGGCCAGCUUACAGAAUCGUUGAUGAAAUAUGCAUCAAAUGCAUUAUUCCAGUUUUUACGUUCCAAUGUUGAAAUGGUUUCGCGCCUUUGCUCGGAAAUUGUAGAGAACUUUCAGGAGAAUCUCCUAAAUGAACGCGUAACGUAUCCAAUGCUCACAUUCUUGGAGAUUCUCAUCGCUUCAGGGACUAUUGAUGAGGUCCUGCAAGAUGAAGAAAACCAAUUUGCCGAGGACAUCUUCCGCUUGUUAAGCCUGGAGGUUAAGGGCUACAAGAAGCUUUACAAAACUGCAUCAAGUAUUGGAACUUUCUGCCAACUGGUGCAGGUACCACGUCUUACCAAGCGUGUCCUGUCUAAAAUGGCCGUGUUUCUGGGUUUGCAGCACGUACAUGUGCGUAAAACAGUGGCCACCAAGUUGUAUGAAUCUUUGGCGUUGCACGAUGACGUCACCGACAUAGAUCCGGAAAAUAUGGAGCAAAUUCUAAACAUGUUGUCGGAAAGCGAUUGGUCUCAGCCCUUAAUACAAGUGCGGCCCUUACGCAACGAACUGUGUAGGCUAAUGGGCAUAAAGGCACCAACAGCAAAUAGUGGGCCUUCGGCAGCCGCCAACCAAGCGAUUAACACCCUAGUUGCAGAUAAAUAACUUAUUCGGCAGUAUUUAAUACUUAUAAUAUAAUUAUUUGUAUUUGCAACCUUAUUUUAUUCAAAUACUAAUCUAAUUUAUUGCCUUUGUAUGUCGAAAAAUUAUCAGUAAAUACCGCUGAACAAAUUUAAA